AUGUAUAUGUCACGAAAGAGAAAGACUUUGACACAAUCGAGUUUAUUAUUAUUUUUCAGAUUAAAGCAUUUGAUUAUAAUCACUUUCAGCACAGUAUAUAGAAAUUAUACAAUGUCUCUUAUUCUACGACGAUUUCUACCGUCAUUCAAUUUAAGUAAUAUACGAUUCCAUUCGAAUGACAAUGUUGACUCAACGGCGCCACCACCACCACCGUCCAACAAUGCAGACAAUAAACGACCAAUCAGCCCGCGCGUAGAAGAAUUUCAAAAGAAAUUGCGUGAAAAGACACCAAUUGGAAGAUUAGAUCAAGGCGAAGGAAGGCAUCCAUAUCAAGAAAAAGAACCACUCGAAGCAUGGCCUAACGAUGUGAAUCCACAUACUGGAGAAGUCGGUGGUCCCCGAGGUCCUGAACCAACAAGAUAUGGCGAUUGGGAGCGUAAAGGACGCUGUACAGAUUUUUAGACAAAUACAAAGCAUUAAGAUAGUACAAAGCAUGUUUCUAAUUUGAAUAAAGCCAUAAAUGUACAUUUAUUGUUAGAAAAAU